AUGGCUGGGUACAAGCUCGAAGUGACAACAGGUGACAUGACAAAUGCAGGAACAUUUGACCACAUAUAUGUCACCCUAAUUGGAACCGGAGGGAGGAGUGAGCGAACUGAGAUGGACAACUUUGGUGUAGAUUUUAAAACUGGGAUGACAUCAAUUUACACUGUGAAAACCUGUUCGUCCCUGGGGAAACUUCUGCUGGUCAAGGUGGAGAAAGAUCCCUUUUUCUUCCUCCCAGAGACUCAGUGGUACUGCUCCAAAAUAGUGGUGACGACUCCAGAGGGAGAUGUCAUUCUCUUCCCCUGCUACAGAUGGAUCUCCAGGGGAGAACUGGUGGAGCUGAGAGGAGGGAGAGCCAUGAAGAUUUUUGAGGAUGACCACCCCCUGUUGAUUGACCACCGGAAAAAAGAGUUAACAAUUAAAAAGACCUUGUACCAUGGUGCUGAACUCAUGUUUAAGGGUUUAGCUGGAUCUACUGAACAAUGGAAAAGCAUUGAAGACAUCAAAAAAAUCUUCUGGUCCAAAACGACAAAGAUGUCUGAGUAUGUUACAGAGCACUGGAAGGAAGACGACUUUUAUGGAUACCAGUUUCUGAACGGAAUCAACCCCAAUGUGAUCAAGAAAUGCUCAGAGCUUCCCCCAAACUUUCCAGUCACAGAAGAGAUGGUGAAGCCGUUUCUGGACAAGGGUAGCUCUCUGCAGAAGGAAAUGGAAAAAGGCAAUAUAUUCCUCUAUGACCUCAAGAGGAUGGACGGAUUACCCACAAGGGUGUGUGAUGGUGAACUUCUGCACGUGACCGCUGGUCUCUGUUUGUUCUACAUGAACCCAGAGAACAAACUGAUGCCAAUUGCAAUACAGCUGAAUCAACAACCCUCUGAGCAGAAUCCCAUCUUUCUGCCCAGUGACACAGAGACAGACUGGCUGCUAGCCAAGAUGUUUAUCAAAAAUGCAGAUUCCAUGCUACAUCAGUCAGUCUAUCACCUCAUGAACACUCACUAUCUGGCAGAGGUCUUUACUGUUUCCACUCUCCGAAGCUUCCCUGUGGUUCAUCCCCUCUACAAGCUGCUAUUCCCUCACUUCCGUUACACUCUCCAAAUAAAUAUCAUGGCCCGCAAUCAUAUUUUUGGACCUGAUGGGAUUUUAAGUACAAGUUCACUUGGAUCUGAGGGGCUGACAGAGCUCAUGAGAAGGGCUCUCUCUGAAACCACCUACAGCUCCCUCUGUCUGCCAGAGAACAUCACUGCACGAGGACUGAAGUCAAUCCCCAACUUCUACUACAGAGAUGAUGGACUGAAGCUGUGGAACAUCAUCAACAGGUUUGUGAAGGCAACAGUGGGGUACUAUUAUCCCUCAGACAAAACGGUCCAUAAAGACACUGAGCUGCAGGAAUGGAUCAGUGAGAUAUUCACCCAUGGCUUCUUAGGAAACAAAGCUUCAGGUUGUCCUGCAGACUUUUAUACUGUCGAGGAAGUGAUCAAGUUCAUCACCAUGGUGAUCUUCACUGUAUCAGCUCAGCAUGCUGCAGUAAACAGUGGACAGUUUGACUACCACUCGUGGGUGCCCAAUGGCUCACUCCUGCUGUGCAAACCUCCUCCAAACACUAAGGGGCAGUCAAGCAUGAAGACAAUUUUGGAGACCCUCCCAAAUGUUGGACACACGGUCAGCAUUGCAGCAAUGUUGUGGGUGCUUUCAGAAAUGUACACUGACGUGGUAAGUUUAGUUCCCUUGGGUACAUACCCUGAAGAACAGUUCGAUGAGCCUGUGCCAAAGCAGAUGAUUAACAAAUUUCAAGCAGAGUUGUCCCACCUCAGAGGAGUAAUUACAACAAGGAACUCACAGCUUGAAGUACCCUACACAUAUCUGAACCCUACUCAGAUAGAGAACAGUAUAACUAUAUAA